AUGAACACGAGCCUUCCAUAUCAGCAGAAUCCUUACAGUCCCCGGGGCAGCGCCAAUGUCAUCCAGUGCUACCGAUGCGGAGACACCUGCAAAGGGGAGGUGGUUCGCGUCCACAAUAACCACUUCCACAUCAGAUGCUUCACCUGUCAAGUGUGUGGCUGUGGCCUAGCCCAGUCAGGCUUCUUCUUCAAGAACCAGGAGUACAUCUGCACCCAGGACUACCAGCAACUCUACGGCACCCGCUGCGACAGCUGCCGGGACUUCAUCACAGGCGAGGUCAUCUCCGCGCUGGGCCGCACCUACCAUCCCAAGUGCUUCGUGUGCAGCUUGUGCAAGAAGCCUUUCCCCAUUGGAGACAAGGUGACCUUCAGUGGGAAGGAAUGCUUGUGUCAGACGUGCUCCCAGUCCAUGACCAGCAGUAAGCCCAUCAAGAUCCGCGGACCAAGCCACUGCGCCGGGUGCAAGGAGGAGAUCAAGCAUGGCCAGUCGCUCCUGGCGCUGGACAAGCAGUGGCACGUCAGCUGCUUCAAAUGCCAGACCUGCAGCGUCAUCCUCACCGGGGAGUACAUCAGCAAGGAUGGCGUUCCGUACUGCGAGUCUGACUACCACUCCCAGUUUGGCAUUAAAUGCGAGACUUGUGACCGGUACAUCAGCGGCAGAGUCUUGGAGGCGGGAGGGAAGCACUACCACCCCACCUGCGCCAGAUGUGUGCGCUGCCACCAGAUGUUCACCGAGGGGGAGGAGAUGUACCUCACAGGUUCUGAGGUCUGGCACCCCAUCUGCAAGCAGGCAGCCCGGGCAGAGAAGAAGUUAAAGCAUCGGCGGACGUCUGAAACAUCCAUCUCACCCCCUGGAUCUAGCAUCGGGUCACCCAACCGAGUCAUCUGCGCUAAAGUGGAUAAUGAGAUCCUUAAUUACAAAGACCUGGCAGCUCUCCCCAAGGUUAAGUCAAUCUACGAGGUACAACGCCCUGACCUCAUUUCCUACGAGCCUCAUUCCCGAUACACAUCCGACGAGAUGCUGGAGAGGUGUGGCUAUGGAGAGUCGCUGGGGACCUUAUCUCCCUACUCCCAGGACAUCUAUGAGAACCUGGACCUCCGGCAGAGACGGGCCUCCAGCCCAGGAUACAUCGACUCCCCCACCUACAGCCGACAGGGCAUGUCCCCCACCUUCUCCCGCUCACCUCAUCACUACUACCGCUCCGGGCCCGAGAGUGGCCGGAGCUCUCCAUACCAUAGCCAGUUAGAUGUGAGGUCCUCCACUCCGACCUCUUACCAGGCUCCCAAGCACUUUCACAUCCCAGCCGGAGAAAGUAACAUCUACCGGAAACCCCCGAUCUACAAGCGGCAUGGUGAUCUGUCGACAGCAACCAAGAGCAAAACAAGUGAAGACAUCAGCCAGGCCUCUAAGUACAGUCCAGCCUACUCGCCAGACCCCUACUAUGCGACGGAGUCUGAGUACUGGACCUACCACGGGUCCCCCAAAGUGCCCCGAGCCAGAAGAUUCUCAUCUGGAGGAGAGGAGGACGACUUUGACCGCAGUAUGCACAAGCUCCAGAGUGGAAUCGGCAGACUAAUUCUGAAGGAAGAGAUGAAGGCCAGGUCCAGUUCCUAUGCAGACCCCUGGACCCCGCCCCGGAGCUCCACCAGCAGCCGGGAGGCCCUGCACACAGCUGGCUACGAUGUGUCCCUAAAUGGCUCCCCUCGGUCCCACUACCUGGCCGACAGCGACCCCCUCAUCUCUAAAUCUGCCUCCCUGCCUGCCUACAGAAGAAACGGGCUGCACAGGACACCCAGCGCAGACCUAUUCCACUACGACAGCAUGAACGCCGUCAACUGGGGCAUGCGAGAGUACAAGAUCUACCCUUAUGAGCUGCUCCUGGUGACCACAAGAGGGAGAAACCGACUGCCGAAGGAUGUGGACCGGACGCGUUUAGAGCGCCAUCUGUCCCAGGAAGAGUUCUACCAGGUCUUUGGCAUGACCAUCUCCGAGUUUGACCGGCUGGCCCUCUGGAAGAGGAAUGAACUCAAGAAGCAAGCCCGGCUGUUCUAG